AUGGAAAAUGGAAUCACCUCUCCCAAAGUAUUCCGAUCAACAGCCUUAUCAAUGAUCCCAUCCACUCCGACCAAAUCAAGUCAACAACCAUCCUUACAGACUUCCCCAGCGGGUGGAUUGAAUUCUCCCUUCAAAGAAAUUCCUUCUCCUCUCGUUCGUAACUGCACUGCUAUUGAGCCAAGGAGAAAUAUUCAAUCCUCUGCAAAUAAUGGAAUGGGAAAGAUCACUCGCCAGCUAACCUUUGUGACAACCUAUUCAAUAAUCAAUCUCGUAAACUCUCCUAUUCUUCAGCAAGUGCAAGGCAAACGACCCACCAUGGAAGAUGAGCACUUCUUUGUGAAGAACAUUGAAGAGGCUCUUAGCCAACCUCCAAAUUUUCGAUUUCAUGCCAUGUUUGGUGUUUUUGACGGGCAUUGCGGACCUGAAUGUGCACAACAUUGUAAAGAGGACAUUGUUAGGGCCUUUGUUGAAAGCUUUGAAGCUUGUGACAUUGAAUUCAAGCAAAAGUUGUUCGGAGGUUCAGACGAUUCGCUCUUUUCAGCAGAAGAAUAUUAUGCUGGUUGUACAGCCAAUGUUUGUGUUUUAAGGAACGAUGAUUUAUAUGUCGCAAACCUUGGAGACACAAGGUGUGUUCUCGCCCACAAAGGUUUUGCUAUUCAACUUUCAGAAGAUCACAAACCAAGCAAUAAGGAUGAGAGGAUGAGGAUUGAAAAAAACGGAGGAAUUGUUUCAUUUGGAAGAGUGAAUGGAGCUCUUGCCGUAUCAAGAGCCUUCGGAGAUUUUGAGUUUAAAAAGAAGGGUUCAAAUCUUGUGAGCGUCGUUCCUGAUGUUUCUCACUUUACACUAACCAAAGACUCUGAUUUCAUCAUUAUUGCAUGUGACGGUCUUUGGGAUGUCAUGUCCUCGUCUGAAGCAGUCAAGAACGUCUAUAAUUAUCUUCAACAAUUCAAAGAUCCAAGAAAAGCUUGUGAAAAACUUGUUGAAAAAGCUCUCAAGGAUGGUUCCAUGGAUAACAUUACUGUUAUUUUGAUUUUGUUGAAGGAGUUGAAUAAAACGACAAAUAAUUAUUCCGAAUCUCCAAAUCAACCAUCGAAUUUUGUGCAUAACGCUCCUUCUACCACCAAAACAACCACAAACAAUGUUUCAUCAUCGUCUUCAUCAACAACCACGAUAACGGAAGGUAAAAGAAAAACAAAGAGAAAGAAGGUUCCGAGUGCUCAAAAAGCUCUCUUGAUGCAACUCGCCGAGCACUCACUUUUAAUAAUUCUAAAGAAUCAUCUGAAACAACAACAUCAACAACAAAUAAGAGAAAAUUGUUUGAAGAACAAGAACGAUUUCUCGAUGAUGACAGCGAUGAAGAACUCAACGAUGAGGAGGAUCACAUGUUUCAUUCAACCACACCAGGUAAAAACAAAAUCGGAGACCACGAAGGAAGAAGUCUCUUCGUCGGAUCACGAAGAAAAGGAUACUACCAAGUUAUACUUUCCAAAAUCAAAAGAUAGAUUACCCUUGAAUGAACAAAAUGAAGAUGAAUAUAACCUAGGACGAGAGGAAGAGGACGAGGAAGAAAUUUAUAACAGCCUGAAAGACAUUCAAGAGCAAGAUAAUACAAAUCCACAAUCCAUUCCCGAAGAUAUUCUCGCAGAAAUGAAACGUCAAGGCAUUGAUGUGGGGAUCAACUAG